AAUUUUAGGAAAUUAUAAAAAGAACAACGUUAGGAAUAGAAAAGUUGCAGUUUGGCAACUCCAACUCGAACGGAACGCCACCACCAUCGUUUUAUUUUGUUUUUGUUUCAUAUUAAUUUGGCUUCUCUGCCUCCAAUUUCCUGAGACAACAAACUCGUUAAACAGAGUACGAGGUACAGGAGAAGGUGAUCAUCGAGCACCAAAACCACGAUCAUGGCUAUGGGCCCGGAAAGAUCCAAACCUCUCCACAACUUCCCCAUGCCCUGUCUCAAAUGGGGCAACCAGAGAUUCCUCAGGUGCGUCAAAGUCGCCGACGAUCAUGACGAUAUCGCCGCCGUUCGCAGGAAGCUCAUACUCGAUCUCAGAGUCGCCGCCGACAACCUCAAAGUUUCCAUCUUCCAAGAACCCAAUUCCAAACCCUGGAAUUUGCGAACACGAAGAGCCGCCUGCAAGGCACCGCAUCACACCAACCAGCUCAAUUCCCUCACCCAAGAGAUGAAGAAGAAGAAGAAGACGACGAAGAUUGAAGAAAAAACUAAGUUUUCCGUUUCACUCACGAAGGAGGAGGUGGAACACGAUUUCUGGGCCCUGCUCGGAACCAGGCCUCCCAGGAGGCCCAAGAAGAGGCCCAGAAUCAUCCAGAAGAAUUUGGAUACACUUUUUCCUGGUUUGUGGCUCUCCGAGGUUACUGCAGAAUCUUACGAAGUGCCUGAAGUUCCCGAAUGAGACCAAUUAGGGGUGAUUCCUAACUUCUAACUUUUUCACCUUGUGAUAUAAAUGAUGGUAAUUGCCAAAUCAACCAUGUUAGUAGAAUACUUGAUUCAAUACUAGUGAAUGUUGUGGAAUUCUGCAUCUGAAUAUCCGAGAUGUAGCAGUUUGUACAUUCUGUAUGUUAAUAUUAUCACUGCUUCUGAUUAAACAUCUGUGGUUCAUUUUUAUUUUAUGAAUUUGGUAGAAGCCGAAUUACUGGAUGCAGCAGUUUUAAUCGUUCAA